GGGAAACUUGAGAGGAUCCAGAUUACAGGUUUCUGUUGGUACUGUUGUAAACAUGAGUAAAAAAGACGCUGCAGCUGCUGAGCUGAUACUGUCGUACCUGAAUGAGAAGAACAGACCGUACAGUGCUCAGGAUGUGUUUGGUAAUCUGCAGAAGCAGCACGGUCUGGGGAAAACGGCUGUGGUGAAGGCCAUGGAACAGCUCGCCCAGGAUGGCAAGAUCAGAGAGAAGGUCUAUGGCAAACAGAAGAUCUACUUUGCAGAUCAGUCUCAGUUUGCAGAUGUGAGUGAUGCAGAUCUGAAGAAGAUGGACCUCGAGAUUUCAGACCUUAACAGCCAAGUAGCGACAGUAAAUCAGAGCUGCAGACAGCUGGAUACAGAGCUGAAGGAGCUGAACAGUUCACUGACCACUGCAGAGAUGCUGAAACAGAUCACUGAGCUGAGGGCCGAGUGUGAGAGUUACACAGCACGACUGCAGAACAUUAAAUCAGCCACCAGCCACGUCACCCCUGAGGAGAGAGAAAAAGUGUAUAAGGAGAGGAACCUGUAUGUGAAGGAGUGGAAGAAACGGAAGAGACUGGCUACAGAUAUGAUGGGAAGCAUUCUUGAGGGCUACCCAAAGAGCAAGAGAGAAUUUUUGGAAGAGGUUGGCAUCGAAACGGAUGAGGAUCAUAAAGUGACUGUUCCCAACAUCUAACACCGAACACACAUCCUGUGGCAGGAUUAAGAGAGUGGAGCCGACCAUUGUUACCAACAUUUUUUAUGGUCCUUGUUAAGACAAUAUGUCAAAUCUGUACAUUUGUAAAUACGUUUAAUAAUUAAACCUUAAUUUUCUGUUACAAA